CGUCACUUGCAAAUACGAAUUGUUUCGUCUAGGAUAAAUUUAAAAUUUUAAUUUAAAGUAACAAAAUGGAUAUAACACCACUAUUUAAGGCUUGUAUUAAAACAGUAAGAACUCGUAAUAAAGCCUUUGGUAUACAAAGCCCAACAAGCGAUGACAAACAACGUAUACUAAAAAGUAAACCAAAAACUGGUUUCAUGGCAACAGCAAAGGAUAUAUCCUCGCAAAUAACAAAACUUCGAGACUUUCUGCUGGAGCACAGAGAGAGGUACUUAAGUUUUUAUAAUAAUGUAACUGGUGACGAAAUGUCCGAAGCUGAACGUGACCAGAUCGACACUGGAGCGCAAAGAAUAAUCAAUACCUGUUCACAUCUUUUAAAAGAAUUUAGAAAUGAUAAUCGUAAGCUUGCAGUAGCACAACAGACUCGAGAAUAUAUGGACGUUGUAAUUGAUCUUAUAGAUUCGUACUUGAAAGCUGUUUGUAAAAUACACAGUGAAUUAAAAGCUCUGAGAGUGAAGAAAGCUUUAGAUAUUCGAAAAUUAUCAAGACUGGAACUGCCACAGACUAAGUCUAAUAUACUAAAUCCAUUCAUAGAAGAUAAUACCAAAGUCAUAGAAAAAGAAGAAAAAGAAAAUAGUGAAACAGAGGAAGUGGACAGCCCUAAAACUAAAAUGGACUUAACAGAAAAUGAAAUAGCAGUCAUGUCUGAUGAAGGAGAACUUAGCGCUGAGGAACUCCAGAUGUUUGAAUCCGAGAAUAUUCAGCUACUGAAUGAACUAAACAGCAUGACAGAAGAAGUCAGACAGAUUGAAAGUAAAGUACUCCAUAUUGCAGAAUUACAAGAAAUAUUUACUGAAAAGGUCCUACAACAAGAACAAGAUAUUGAUAGAAUAGCAACCACAGUUGUUGGCACAACGGAAACAAUGAAAGAUGCCAAUGAACAAAUAAAGCAAGCUAUCCAAAGGAAUGCCGGUUUAAGAGUUUACAUUUUGUUCUUUUUACUUGUAAUGUCAUUUACACUUCUAUUCCUGGACUGGUACAAUGAGUAAUUAAAUAUAUUUUUUAAAUAUUGUAAUUUAAAGUGUAAUGUAUGUCUAUAAAAUAGUCUAAAGUCUGAAUGAAAUUUAUUUCAUAAAUGUGGUAGAAUAUUAUUAUGCUUCUUAUAAAUAAAUAAUGUUUAUUUUUUGUUUUA